AUGGCUGUCACCUCCUCGACCUCGAUGCCGCACGGCGCGCACCACCGGCGGGUGUGGUCGCUCAUCUGCUGCCGCAACCCCGCCACGCACUCGUUUUACGGCGACGACGCCGACACGGAGAGCAGCACGCGCGGCGAUGCGCGGCCGGCAGCAGCGGAAGCGGAGAAGCCGGCGGAACCGGCGCAGCAAGUGCGGGGAGACGUCGAUGGAACUUCGUUACUAUCACCGAAGGAAAUGGUGGAAGGUGCAGUUAGCGGGGGUGCGUCACGCGCUAAGUCGGCAGUAAGAGUUGGGACGUCAUGCGACACGCCGAUCGAUCAUGGAGCAGGAGCCGCGUCAUCAUCCGACCUGUCCAGUAGCGUAUCCACGUCAGCACCGCAUUCCGCGUUUAGCGCCGCGGGUUCCCCCUUUCGAGCAUCGUUAGGUUACAGAGAAUCUGCCGCAACAGUUGAUGCCACGCCUCCGCCGGAGAUUAUGGACAUGUGGAAGAACCUCGAAGCGCCGACAUCUCCUAAGAGCAGCUCCUCCGCGUCUCGUAAGAUGCGCGCCGCACAUUCCGCCGAGGCCUCGUUUCUUCCCUCGCACCGCGCGGCUGUGCGCGUGGAAGUUCCGCAUUCCCCGGCGAAUCUCUCGGACUCCGCCGUUUCGCCGACGAACUCCGACGCAAGCGUGCCAAGGACUCCGGGCGGCACUUAUUUGUCGUUUUCAAGCGCCCCCUCGCCCCGCACUUUGCAAUGCGCGUACUCGCUACAAACCGGCGCGCUUAUCAUCACGCCCAGCCCCUCCAAUUGGGCGGCUAUUGGCGGAAACGGCGGGGCGCGGGAGAGCGAGAGACCGCACACUUCGCCGGUGGGAACGCGGAAAACGGGGGUAAUUGUGGGGUGGGAGCAGGAGGCGCUGCGAUGGGAAGAGGCGGAGCAGCAGCGGUUGCGCAUGGAGGGGGAGGUGCGCGGAAUGGUUGCGCACCUCAUGGGGGAGCUGCGCGCGGUAAGGGGCGCGGCGCAACAGCCGGCGGAACCGGUUUGCGCGGAUGUGGCGGAAAGCUGCGGGGAGAAAGAAAUCGCGGGCGGCGGAGAGGGAAGAGCGGAAUGUGCGGGAGGCGCUGAAGAGUUGGCGGCGGUAUCGGCGGCAGCGCGUGCGGUUCGGCUGCUGGUGAAGAGCAGCGACGCGAAUCGCAGCAUCGUGGCGGCUGUGCCGGGCGCCAUCGGCGCGCUCGUGGAGGUGGCGGACGCGCUGCUGCUGGCGGAGAGCGCGCGGAUCCGGGGAGGUGAGGGGCGGAGAGCGCGGAGAGCAAGCGCGGCGGGCGAGGCGGAGAGUAGAAGUGAGCGCGAGGGAAGGAGCGAAGGGGAAAGGGCAGUGGAGGGGGCAGCGCGGCCUCUAGGUGGGGCGGAACGCGGAGAGGAGAGGUCGGGGACAGGAGGCGGGGAAAGCGCAGCAGCCUGCGGGGCGAUGGUGGCGGGUAAAGGGGAAGCGGAGGACGCUGAAACGGCGGAAUCGGCGGAGGCAGCGGAAGGGGAACGGCGAGAGGCGGUGGGCGCGAGCGUGCAGCAGGCGUGGACGCGGGAGGCGGUGGGUGCGGAGAGCGCGCGGAGGGAGAGCGCGCGGGAGGCGGUGGGGCACGCGGUGACAGCGCUGCUGAACCUGUCGCUGUCGCCCGCCACUCACGGCGCCCUGCUGGCGGAGGGCGCCGUGGACGCCCUCUCCCGCCUCGUGGCCCGCCCCUGCUGCCCUCAUGGUCAUGGCGGCACUGGUGAUGGCGGCACUGGUGGUGGCGGUAGUGGCGGUGGCAGCAGUGGUGCCAGCAGCACUGGUGGUGGUGAUGGAGAGGGGAGAAUGGGGGAUGGAGGGGCCUGCAUGGGAGAGGAGGGGGCGUGCAGGGGGGAUGAUGAGGGGACAGCGGGCUCAGGUGGAUUGCCAUCGGUGGUGUCACAGGAGGCACGGGAGAAUGCAGCAGCUGCUCUCUUCAUGCUCACCUCGUCGCCACUCCCACCCUCCCUCUCCUCUGCACACUCCACCUCUCUCUCCUCCUCCACCUCCUCUCUCACCGGCCCUUCCCUCUCCACCGCCCACCUUGCCCUCCUCUCCUCUUCCUUCCCCCAGCAAGAGCCAGCCCUCACUGGCAACCACCCCUCAAACCCCAACCCGACUGCUCCCGAUCCGCUCAGCACCGCUUUGAACCUCUUUGGAUGCGAUCCGGACGCAAUGCGGCGGCGGGUGGCAGCCACGGCAGGCACAUUCGCCGGCCUGGUGCACAUGCUGCCGCCCUCGCCCGCCCGCUCCCUGCGCGGCCGCAAGGACGCCGCCCUCACGCUCUUCAACCUCUCCCUCUGCGCCGACCUCGUCCCCGCAAUCAUCGCGGCCGGCGCCGUUUGUCCUCUAGUGCGGAUGCUAGAGGAGGAGGAGGGGGGGAUGCGGCUGGGCCUGGAGGAGAAAGCAGUGGCCGUGCUGGCGAGGCUGGCGCAGGCCAAGGAGGGCAGCAGGCAGAUUCUUGCCGCCGGUGGUAUACCACCACUGGUGGAGCUGCUGGGGGCGAGCAGCACAGCCCUAGGGGCCUCCCCAUCCAUGGCUUCUCUGGCAGAGCUGAGUGCCGUGUCAGAGGAAGGGCCGGGUGGGGGAGGGGGAGGGACGGGAAAUGCGGGGAGUGGCGCAGGGGAGCAGCAGCGGUGGAGGAGGGUGCAAAAGGAUGUGGGGGCGGUGCUGGUGAGAGUGGUGGAGGAGGAGGGUGCACGGCAGGAGAUGCUGGAGGAGGGUGCGCUGCUGGUGCUGCGCAAGAUGAGGCACCGCGGGUUUUCUUCCAAAUUCAGAGUCAUGGCCACGGAAACUUUCCUCUUCACUUCCGAAUCCGUGAACGAGGGACACCCUGACAAGCUUUGCGAUCAGGUGUCCGAUGCCGUUCUCGAUGCGUGCCUGGAGCAAGACCCCGACAGCAAGGUGGCGUGCGAGUCGUGCACCAAGACCAACAUGGUGAUGAUCUUCGGCGAGAUCACGACCAAGGCCAAGCUCGACUACGAGAAGAUCGUGCGCGACACCGUCAGGAACAUCGGCUUCGUCUCCGACGACGUCGGCCUCGACUGCGACAAGUGCAAUGUUCUGAUCAACAUCGAGCAGCAGAGCCCCGACAUUGGGCAGGGUGUGCACGGCAUGGGCACCAAGAAGCCCGAGGAGGUCGGCGCUGGUGACCAGGGCCACAUGUUCGGCUAUGCCACCGACGAGACCCCCGAGCUCAUGCCGCUCACGCACGUGCUCGCCACGCAGCUGGGCGCGAAGCUCACGGAGGUGCGCAAGAACGGCGUGUGCCCGUGGCUGCGGCCCGACGGCAAGACGCAGGUGACCGUUGAGUACAAGAACGAGGGCGGCGCGAUGGUGCCGAUCCGCGUGCACACGGUGCUCAUCUCCACGCAGCACGACGAGACGGUGACCAACGAGAAGAUCGCGGCGGAUCUCAAGGAGCACGUGAUCAAGCCCGUCAUCCCCGCUAAGUACCUCGACGACAACACCAUCUUCCACCUUAACCCCUCCGGCCGCUUCGUCAUCGGCGGUCCCCACGGUGAUGCCGGUCUUACCGGGCGGAAGAUCAUCAUCGACACGUACGGCGGGUGGGGCGCGCACGGAGGUGGCGCCUUCUCCGGGAAGGACCCCACCAAGGUGGAUCGCUCCGGCGCGUACGUCGCCCGCCAGGCCGCCAAGAGCAUCGUCGCUUCCGGCCUCGCCAGGCGCGCGCUCACUCAGGUCUCGUACGCCAUCGGUGUGCCCGAGCCUCUUUCGAUCUUCGUGGACACGUAUGGCACUGGCAAGAUCCCCGAUAAGGAGAUCCUCGAGCUAGUGAAGGAGGCAUUCGACUUCCGGCCGGGCAUGAUCUCGAUCAACCUGGACCUGAAGAAGGGGGGCAACAAGCGUUACCAGAAGACGGCCGCGUACGGCCACUUCGGCCGCGACGACCCCGACUUCACGUGGGAGGUGGUCAAGGAGCUCAAGCCCAAGACCGCCGCUUAG